UCAAGCUCUGUGUUCGUGUUGUUGCCAAACAAAAAUCUUAAUUUCUCAGAGAAAUUAAAUAAUUUCUUCAAAACUUUGGAUUAAUUAGAAUUAAGAACACUAAUAGGUUUUAACAUUUGAUUAAUUUUGAAGUAUUUAACGAUUUUUUAUUAAAUAACCUACGACAAUUAUGGGCAAGAAAAAGAAUAAGCGUAACCAGCCAACAACAAACCCGUUCUGGUCUAAUAUUCAUAAAAAAGCUCCAAACACGAACUUGACCGCUAUUCCGAAGGCAACCGGACUCUCUGGCACCUUUCAAGCGCCUCAUCAUCAGCCAGACUCUUUGAUGGACCUCACCGAUGAUACGUCACCAAAUAACCCUAUGAGUACUGUGAAAGGGAAUCCUGGCAAUCAGAGUAAUCAGAGUACCAGCAAUAUUGCAUCACAGCCUAUUUUCGACACAACAGAUGAUGUGAAAGAAGGUUUCCAUGCGGAUGUGACAUUUGAUCCAUCAGGUGAUAAGAAGAAUACUGGCUCAACUACACAAGCAGAUUCACAGUCCAAUAAAACUGCUCAAGAAUCCAACAAAGGAGUGGUGCAAGGAUCUCCCUCGAGCAUCAAACUGAUGGUGAACAGUUCAAAGAAUGUGAAAGAGGCAACUCAGUCUACGUCAAAUGUGACUGAGGCAACACAAUCCACGUCAAAUGAGAAAGCCAAACCAAUCAUUUUGUCUUCUCAAACUGUAAAGCCACAGUUUUCUGUUCCAACCUCCACUCCAAACAUACCAAUUAAGAAGUCUCCCUUAAUCGCAGUACCACCAAAAAAGGUCCCGGAUCCGAAACCAUUAGGUGAAAUUUACGUUAUCAACAAUCAUCAAAUAAACAACAGAAUAACCCGAGCUGUAAGGCCGAUAACCCUGCUACCCCAGCAAUACAUAGCUCCGACCCCGUCAGUGUUCCAACCGAUUCUAGUACCGCAAAGUCCAAUUCUACAGCGAAAUAACCGACUACCUGCACCUUUACUUUACCAUUCCUACCCAAAAGACGUCAGCCUCCUCAGCCUGCUGGUAAGUCUGGAACUGGUCAAGAAGUAUUCACAAGCGUCCGGGAGCUUUCGCCCAAAUGCGCCAAAGAACUCUCGCCCAAAUGCGCCCCAGAACUCUCACCCAAAUGCGCCCCAGAACUCUGGCCCAGAAGCACCCGGGAGCUCUGGCCCAGAAGCACCCGGGAGCUCUCGCCCAGAAGCACCCGGGAGCUCUCGCCCAAAAUCGCUCGAGAGCUCUCGCCCAAAAUCGCUCGAGAGCUCUCGCCCAGAAGCACCCGAGAGCUCUCGCCCUGAAGCACCCGAGAGCGCACGCCCUGACUCGCCCGAGAGCGCUCGCCCAGACUCGCCCGAGAGCACUCGCCCAGACUCGCCCGAGUCUGGCCAUGGAGAGAAGCUGGCCCAAGCAGAGGAUCCCUGUAGGCGGCCGAGGAAAAAAAGGCGCGGCAAGAAGAGGAAGAGGAGCGGAAAACCAAGAAAUAAUAGAGAAAAAGCAAAAAAAUCAACAGAACCAGCUGAACCAGGUAUCCCUAAGAGUUUCCUAGUGAAUCAGAAUCAGCACACACCAGAACCCUAUUCAAAUAAUUCAUCGGCACCUGUCACCCAGCCAACCCAAGCACAAUCGUUUUCAAGUCAAGCCACGCUGGAUCCCAACGCCCAACAGUGGGCUCCGCAGCCCAAAGCCCCAGUGCCCAACGUGAUCGAGUAUGCCUACAACUACAAUCCUACCUCAAACAAAGGUUACAAAGAGACCGGUCCGCUGUACGUCCAAACAGAAACGAAGACAGAAGUAGCGGAUGACAAGUCGGUGUAUUCCCCAUCUGAUGUAUAUGCUGAUAAUCUACUGGGGACCAGCUUGAAUGAUGAGGGGGCUACUGAGGAACAAGCAACAGACGGUUCGGAAUCCCCGGACUUGUGUGAGCCAGGUCAGAAGCGACUAAGUGCCUUCAAACGACUAGGGCCUGUGACUCAGCCGAAGAAGCCGAAACUGACCAUCAACUUGCUGUGCAAUAAGGAUCAGUCGGUUAGGGAAGUGGUGGACGAAACAGAAGAAGUAGAAGAGGAAAAAUACGUACCGGUCCAUCUUCGGCCAGAGAUAACUAUGAGCACCGAUGAAAUCGUCAUGAAGUAUAUCAAACACUGGCCGUGGAAAAAACCGGUGCAAGUGAGAAAAACCGUCACUGCUAGGAAUUCUAAGUCUGUAAUGAUCUUAGAGCACGAGCAAAUGUCUGAGAUUUAUGAUAAAAACAACGUCUUCAUCCAAAUUACCGUCACUGGAUAUCCUCCGACAUGGAAGAAAGAGAAAGUUCUAGACAUUUUGUUAGACACAGUCAACGGCAAGAUCUUUGUACCAUGCUUUAUUGAGUUUGCGCCACAAGAAUGCAAGUUUCUAGUGAUGCGUUGUCGCACCGCACUCGCAGUGUUCCACAGACUUGGUUUCAUAAUACACAAAGACGGUCACGAACUGCAAAUAUCUAUAUCGCACACUGAAUUGACGUUGAACCAAUUAGAUUUCAUACCGAAGAAUGUAUUGAAGAAAAUACUCGUUUCUGGCCACUCCGGUGAAAGGAGUCUGGAUUUAAGCGACUUCACUACGAAAGAAGAUAUAAGUCACUUCAUUUACUACCCUCUGAAUAGAAUUAACAAUCAGAUGGACAUUGUACAUGUGCAAAGUACGGUAGCGUGGGAAUACCUGACCGACAUCAAUUUGUCUCACAAUAGACUUACCUCAAUAGAAGGCUUCAAUCUACCCUCAAUCACACCCCGACUCAAGUUUUUGGAUCUAUCAUACAACUGUAUAGAAAAGGCAACUUUGCUAAUAAAAUGCCGGUCUCUAAGUCUACGCACGAUCAAACUGGAGGGGAAUCCCCUUUGCAACGAUUAUACUGACCCUGAACGCUAUGUGAAAGUACUGAAGCUGAUGUUCCCUACUCUGAUUGAAAUCGAUGGCAUUCCAAUCAAACUGCCAGGGGAAAUCCCCAGCUUCAAAAACAACUACUGCCCAGAGGCAGCUACGGAGGUGAUUGAAAAGUUCCUAGAGGUGUACUUCCCAAUAUUGGACUCGGUCGACGACAGGGAAUUGAUCAGGGAACUGUAUCACGAGAGGGCGUGCAUGACUAUAACCACUCGGUAUAAACUGCGUUAUAGUCCAGUGUUCCGCUCGUUCCGUACUUUGUUCCACCGAGCGCGGGUGCCGGACGAAGGCGCUUUCGACGCCGUGGAGGGUUCGCGUGACAUCGCCAAGCUGGCAGCCAAGUGGCCGGCGCUGGAACACGACCCGUUUACGUUCCGAGUCGACGUGCUGAUGCAUGAUGACUUCGUCACAAUAUUCAAAAUUGGCGGCUUAGUUCGCCUGACAGCAGAAACAUUGGCUGAAGAUGAACACCUGCUGGCAUUCUCGCGAACGUUCGUGUUACAUUCGUUCGACGGCGCCGAAUACAAGAUUGCGAACGAAAUGGUUUAUUGGGACGAACCGACUGAAGAGUACGCGCAUACUGCAUUCCGGACUGCGGUAAAACCAAAACGUUUAAGUUUAAAAUUGGAUACACCAGAUGAAGACCUCAAGAAACAGUUGCUGGAAAUAUUCAUGAGACUAACAGACACAGAUAAAUCAACAAGUGAAAAAUGCUUGGAACAAAAGGAGUGGAAUUUAAAAUCAGCUUUGGAGUAUUUCAUGAAAUUACUGAAACUUGAUGAUUUAGAAAAUUUGACAAAAGAAAUUAAAGCAUGAUUUGGGAUGAGACAAUGCAUAUCUUUUUACUUUUUAGGAUGAAAUAAAAUAAUUUAAGUAUUACAAAA